CUGACUCUAGCUUCUGGAGGAGAGGGAAGGCAGUGGUGGUAUAGAAGAGAGAUACCAUGGAAUCUGGCUUCACCUCUAAGGAUACUUAUCUGAGCCAUUUUAACCCUCGAGAUUACCUAGAAAACUAUUACAGCUUUGGGUCUAGUGACUCUGCAGAAAACCAAGUUCUUAGGCUUCUUUUGAAAAAUCUUUUCAAGAUAUUCUGCCUAGAUGGCGUGAAUGGAGACCUCCUGAUUGAUAUUGGCUCUGGCCCCACCAUCUAUCAGCUCCUAUCUGCCUGCGAAUCCUUCAAGGAGAUCAUUGCUACCGACUACAUUGACCAGAACCUGCAGGAACUGGAGAAGUGGCUGAAGAAGGAGCCAGGGGCCUUCAGCUGGUCCCUGGUGAUGACUUAUGUGUGUGAGCUUGAAGGGAACAGAGCGAAGGGGCCAGAGAAGGAGGAAAAGUUGAGGCGGGCAAUCAAGCAGGUCCUGAAGUGUGAUGUGACGCAGAGCCGGCCACUGGGUGCUGUCUCGCUGCCCCUGGCUGACUGCCUGCUCAGCACGCUGUGCCUGGACGCCGCCUGCCCAGACCUUCCUGCUUACCACUCAGCCCUCAGAAACCUCAGCAGCCUGCUGAAGCCAGGGGGCUACCUGGUGAUCAUAGACGCCUUGGAGAGCAGCUACUACAUGAUUGGCGAGCAGAGGUUCUCCAGCCUGUGCCUGCGCCAGGAGGAAGUAAAGGCUGCUGUGAGAGAGGCUGGCUACACCAUCAAACAAUUUGAGGUGAUACCUCAAAGUUAUUCUUCCACCAGAGCCAACAACAAAGGACUUUUCUUCCUGGUGGGGCAGAAGCUGAGGAGCUCCGAAUGACACCUUGUGAUCCCAAUUAAAGCAAUUCCUCUGAUUUACC